UUAUCUCAAGCAGCAUUUUUCUCUCAAAUACUCGCCGGCGUUCGGAGCUGCACGAGAGCUAGGCCUUACGCCGAUCAAUCUGGGUACCUUUGAAAUCGAACUCACGGUACGGUAGGAAGAUCUGUAUUCAUCUCAAAUCUCUACAUUCCGUUGAUUCAGAUAUGGAUGGAGAAAUCCCAAAUAUAAAGAAGUGGGUGAUAUUGUAUCCAGUUUACAUAAAUUCAAAGAAAAAGAUUUCAGAGGGGAGGCGCAUUAGUGCAACCAAAGCCUGUGAAAAUCCCACAUGCUCUGAGAUUGGAGAUUGCUUGAACCAUCUUAAAAUACCCUUUGUUAUUGAGAUUGACAAGGCAUAUCCUCGUGAUUUCAUGCAAAGAGGAAGAGUGAGAGUGUCUCUGAAAAAGGAGGAUGGCACAUUGUCUAAUCCAGCUAUUGGUUCAAGAAAAGAGAUGAUGAUCCAUGUGGCAGAUUUGGUGCGUAGACACCCAGGGAGGACUAAGAAACAGGAGCCAUCAGCAUCAACCUCAAGCGCAGCACCUUCCAAAUCUGGGAAAGGUGGAAAGAAGAAGAGAUAGUCUUGUCCAGUAGUUAAUUGGUCAUAGCAAUCACCGAAUCUUCUAAAGGAUAAUUUGAAAAAAAGACUGAUUUUGAAAAAUGAUCGUUAUGGGAACCUUUAACUUGUUUUAUUUUCGAUACCUUUUGUCUUUGUGAAUUUAUGGUGAGUUUUGACUGGCUUGUUCUCUUUGUUUCAGAAACCUAGUUUUUGUAGUUGCUUAAUAUUGUUAUAUUAUUUAUGCAGAAAAGGAGUACUUUUAACAUUA